UGCCAGCCGGCUAAACACGGUUAUAUCCGUCUGCGCAUUAGCGAACAAAUUCAUGUUCCAGUACCAGGAAAUGAGUACUGACUCCUGAUUGGCUCGCUUUUGUGAUAGUUAUAACAUCGUUUCUGAUUGGUUAUGGAAAUUACACGGGCUGGCACCCUAAAAAUCAAAAUGGCUACAUUUCCGGAGCGUGCUUGGAAAGAAGCCUUUUUAUCUGUUCAGAAACAAUUCCUCAUCGAUCACCUCCUACCAGAACAAGUAUCUGCAGUUAAAGCUUUUAUUGAAAAGGGAAAUGUCUUUGUAAAUUUGCCGACGGGGUAUGGUAAAUCGUUAAUAUUUCAAUGCAUUCCUAUCGUGUAUGAUAUUCUGUACUCGAGGCCUCGUGGCACUAGUGUAGUUGUUGUUAUUUCGCCAUUGAAAGCUCUAAUGAAAGAUCAAGUAGAAUACUUAGCAACUUUUGGUGUUCCUGCCAUUGCUAUUGGGGAUGAAUACGAUGAAGAAACAAUACAACAGGUCAAAAACGGGUAUUUUUUGAUCGUGUAUUGCUCUCCUGAAUGUUUGUUGUCAACGAGUACUUGGAGGGAGAUUUUCAACGAUGCUGAUUUCCGUGAAAAACUGGUUGGUGUAGCUAUCGACGAGGCUCAUUGUAUUACUGAGUGGGGUUUGUCAAAUUCAAGCAAAUGCCCAUUCCGAAAGUGGUAUGGUUGUCUAGGUGAACUCAGAUCACUUAUUCCACAAGAAUGCAAAAUAAUGGUUCUAACAGCAACUGCAUCAAAACUUACUACAGAGAAAAUUUUGGAUGCAGUUAAUAUAUCUCGCGAUACAAUUAUGAUACAGCAGAGUCCAGAUAAAGUGAACAUUUCAUACACGAGACAAUACCUUGAUAAAAAUUACCCCAUUGAAAAGCAAUUUGGUGCACUUCUUGGAGAAUGUCAAAGGCUUGGAAUAAAUACACCCAGAACUAUAAUAUACUGUCAAACACGGAAACAAUGUGCAAUACUAUUUCGUUUGUUUGAAGUGUGUCUUGAAGAAAAACUUUAUCAUGGUAGCAAAGAUUAUCGAAAUCGUGUUGUUGACAUGUACCAUGCAGGCACACCAGAAUCUGUAAAGGAACAUGUUUCUGAGCAAAUGUCAAAUGAAAAUGGUGUGAUUCGUGUACUAAUAUCAUCAAUUGCUUUUGGGAUGGGUGUCAAUUGUAAGCAGGUAAGAAGAGUUGUGCAUUUUGGACCCUCCAAAAGUAUAGAAUCGUAUAUUCAAGAGUGUGGUCGAGCUGGUCGAGAUGGAGUUCAAAGCACAUGCAUGCUUCUAUAUAAUGGCCUACUCUCUGUGCACUGUGAUAAUGACAUGAAACAUUAUUUAAAUCACGAAGGAUGUUUGAGGGAAAAGCUAUUGAUUCAUUUUGGGUACAAGGUGGACCACAAAAACUUUCAGUUUCUGCACAACUGCUGUAGUAACUGCCAGCAAAGUUGUUUGUGUGGCACAUCCUCUUGCAGGAAACUUUGGAGUCCACAACUUGAGCAAGAAUGUGACCUUGAUUUAUAUACUACUGAUGAACAGGAGAAAAGCAAGUUGACAAGAGUUGUGACCAAGAAAGACAAAAAACUAUUGAAGGAAAAGCUUAUCAAUUAUCAGAGAGAGAUGCUAAAAGAAUACAACAUUAAAAAUAUGGUGACAUGUCCAAAUAUGUUACUAGAAUUUAACAUGUUUCAUAUUAAUCAAGUACUUGGUAGUUGCCAUUCUCUAUUUACUUUGAAUGAUGUUUUAAAAUCUGUUGAAAUAUGGCGACAUAAGUAUGCUGUUGAAAUCUUAAGAAUUAUACAGGAUAUUUUUGGUGACAUGGAAAUAGAAAUACCUGAUGAUUUAGAAGACUCAGAUGAAGAGGAAACUCUUACUACAGAAUGGGAGGCUUUGAGAAAUGAUUCAUCAUGUUUGGAAAUUGUAAAUAGCCAAGAUCUGGUUGCUAUUGAAUCCACCAUGGACACUGAUACUUCUUACAAUAAUAUUUCAAUAUGACUUUGUUGACAAUAUAUGUAUUUUGAACAGUUAUUAACAAUAUGAAUAUAAUUAUUUACAAAAUAUACAAGUAGCAAUUUUUUAAGAUCCCAAACCCAUUAAUUAAAAACUAAACAUUAUUU